AUGGGUUUUAUGAAUCUCAUCCUCAGCGUUCUGGCAGUCUAUGCCGUCGCAGGUGCAGCCGCCCCUGUGGACGGCGCCUCUGGUUCCGUCUUGGCUGCCCGGGCUGAGACCUCUAUCGACAUGUGUGACAACAGUCGCUUCAACGGAGACUGCAAGAAGCUAACCGUUACGACUGGGUCUUGCUACAACGUUCCCGACUCAAUGGCCGGCCGCAUCAGCGCGAUUCGCAACAACAACAAAGACAAAACAAGUUGCACCUGGUACCGCGCUUCCAACUGCCGUGGAGAAACCUACACGAACCAGGACGACGGUAACCUCGGAGACGGUAACGGCCACUUCAACGAUUCCAUUCGCAGCCUCGAGUGCAAGAGAAAGUAA